GAAACGGUCGGAUUCCGUCGAAAAGCUCUCUCGCUCGCUGUCGCUCUCUGCUUCUUUCCGUUGGAGAAGAAGGCGUGGGAAUCUCAAAGGAAAGCUGAGAUUUUUGGAGAAGAAGAAGCGUGAUACCGAGGCAGUUGAUAUCGGAGGUGGUGGUGAGGUUGGUGCUGGAGGAGAAUGGCGGAGGGAGGGAACCGGAGACUGGUGGUGGAGGUGUGCAAUGCGCGGAACCUGAUGCCCAAGGACGGGCAAGGGACGGCCAGCGCCUACGUGAUGGUGGACUUCGACGGGCAGCGGCGGCGGACCAAGACGCGGCUCCGGGACCUCAACCCCCAAUGGGACGAGAAGCUCGAGUUCCUAGUGCACGACCCCGAGUCAAUGGCCGCCGAGACCCUGGAGCUCAACGUCUACAACGACAAGAAGACCGGCAAGCGGAACACCUUCCUCGGGAAGGUCAAGAUCUCCGGCACCAGCUUCGCCAAGGCCGGCUCUGAGGCCCUCAUCUACUACCCCUUGGAGAAGAGGAGCGUCUUCUCCCAGGUGAAGGGUGAGCUCGGCCUCCGCGUGAGUUACAUUGACGAGGCUCCUCCCCCGGCCGCCGAUGAGGCUCCGGCUACCGAGGCCAAGCCAGAGGCUCCGCCGGUUGCCGAGGACAAGAAACCGGCGGCGGAAGAGGAGAAGAAGCCCGAGGAAGCAAAGAAAACGGAUGAGGCAAAGAAGCCAGAGAAGACCAAAACAGACGAGAAGGCCGCCCCUGCUUCCAAGGACGAGGAGAAGAAGAAACAACCCGAGAAGACAAAGCCCACGGAGGCCGCUCCGGCCAGCACCGACGCCGGUAAACCUAAGGAGGACAAGCAGAAGGCACCACCUUUGCCAGCGCCGACGCCGCCGGCCACCCCGGCCAAGGACUCGCACCCAUUGGGCCUCAGCGACCUCGAAAUCCGCCCUUUCGCCGGCGAGCGCCCCUCCAGCUCGUACGACCUCGUGGACCGCGUGCCCUACCUCUUCGUCCGCGUCCUGAAGGCGAAGCAUGGCGGCGCGGAAGGCCGGCCCGUCUAUGCGCAGGUGGUCAUCGGCAGCCACAGCGUGCGCACCCGGAUCGUCAGGUCAGCGGACUGGGACCAGGUCUUCGCGUUCCACAAGGAGAACCUCAACUCCACGGCCCUUGAGGUGUUCGUGCACGAGGAGAAGAAGGACGGAGACAAGCCCGCCGAAGACGUGAGCCUCGGCUCCGUCUGUUUUGACCUCCAGGAAAUCCCGAAGCGGUCGCCGCCGGACUCCCCCCUGGCGCCCCAAUGGUAUACCCUUGAGGCCUCCACGCCGGAACCAACGGCGGCACCGGGGAAUGACGUCAUGCUCGCCGUGUGGGUCGGGACGCAGGUCGACGAGGCGUUCCAGGAGGCGUGGCAAUCGGAUUCCGGCGGCCUCAACGUGCACACCCGCUCUAAGGCCUACCUCUCUCCCAAACUGUGGUACCUCCGGCUAACGGUGAUCCAGACGCAGGACCUCCACCUCCCUCCCGCCCCUGACACCAAGUCGCCGAUAUCGGGUGGCGCCACGGGACCUGAGAUCCUCGUCAAGGGCCAGCUCUGCGGGCAGGUCUUCAGGACCGGCCGUGCCCCACUCGUCACCAGCUCCAGCUCGGCCAACCCGACCUGGAACGAGGACCUCGUCUUCGUCGCCGCCGAGCCGUUCGAUCCCUUCCUGACCGUCGUCCUCGAGGAUGCAACUGCCGGCCAGCCGGUUGGCCACACCAAGGUCCCGCUCUCCUCCAUCCACCGCCGACUGGACGACCGCGCGGAACCGCCGGCCCGGUGGCUCAAUCUUGCCGGCGAUGACGAGGGCCGCCCGUACGUCGGCCGGCUUCACGUUCGCGUCUGCCUGGAGGGCGGCUACCACGUGCUGGACGAAGCCGCACACGUGGCCAGCGACGUCCGCGCCGCCUCCAAGCAGCUCUCCAAGCCCCCCGUCGGCCUGCUCGAGGUGGGCGUCCGCGGGGCCACCAACCUGGUUCCAAUGAAGCCGGCGACGCAGGGCGGCGCAAGCGGGUCCACCGACGCCUACGUGGUGCUCAAAUACGGGCCCAAGUGGGCGCGCACACGGACCAUCCUCGACCAGUUCAAUCCGCGGUGGAACGAGCAGUACGCGUGGGACGUGUUCGACCCCUGCACCGUCCUUACCAUCGGCGUCUUCGACAACUCCCGCUUCCGACCGGCCGAGGCCGGCGGGAGCGGCAGCAGUAAACCCCCGGUCAAGGAUGCCCGUAUCGGGAAGGUCCGCAUCCGGCUCUCGACCCUGGACACGAACCGAGUCUACGUGAACUCGUAUGCGCUGACCGCGGUCCAGCCGGCCGGGGCGAAGAAGAUGGGCGAGAUCGAGCUGGCGAUCCGAUUCAGCUGUCCGUCGUGGCUCAGCCUGCUGCAGACGUACGGCAGCCCGAUGCUCCCGCGCAUGCACUACGUCCGCCCGCUGGCCCCGGCGCAGCAGGACGCGCUGCGGCACACCGCGAUGCGCCUCGUCGCCGCCCGGCUCUCCCGCUCCGAGCCCCCGCUCGGCCCCGAGGUGGUGCACCACAUGCUCGACACAGACGCCCACACGUGGAGCGUGCGCCGGAGCCGGACCAACUGGGCGCGCGUGGUGGGCGGGCUCACUCGAGCGGCCGCGGCGGCGCGGUGGGUCCACGGGGUUCGCACCUGGUCGCACCCUCCGACCACGGCGCUAGUUCACGUGCUGCUGGCGGCCGCGGUGCUCUGCCCGCAGGUCAUCCUCCCCACGGCGGCGCUCUACCUCUUCCUGGUGCUGGUGUGGCGGUACCGCGCCCGUCCGCGGGGGCCCGCCGGGAUGGACCCCCGGCUGUCGCAGGUGGACGCGGUGGGGCCGGACGAGCUGGACGAGGAGUUCGACGUGUUCCCAUCGUCGCGGCCGGCGGACUUGGUCCGGCUGCGGUACGACAGGCUGCGGGCGCUGGCGGGGCGGGCGCAGACGCUGCUGGGGGACGUGGCGGCACAAGGGGAGCGGGUGGAGGCCCUCCUCGGGUGGCGCGAUCCGCGCGCCACCGGCAUCUUCGCCGCCUUCUGCGUACUGUCGUCGAUUGUGCUGUACGCGGUGCCGUUCCGGGUGCUCCUGCUGUUCGCCGGCUUCUACUACCUGCGCCACCCGAGGUUCCGCGGGGACAUGCCGUCGGCCGGGUUCAACUUCUUCCGGCGCCUGCCGCCACUGUCGGACCGGAUCCUCUAGAAGAUCCAACAAGAAACGGAUCCGGAUCCAUAGUUCCCACCCCCUAUGAUAUAUGCUUGUGAUUAUUUUAUUUAUUUACCUCUCCAUCUUCUAAUGCCAGUAUUAAAUUAAAUAAACCCAUAUGCUAUAUUUUAUAUUCCUUAGCAAGAAAGAUAAGAUGAAUGUUUGGUAC